UUCUACUUCUUUAGCUAACUGCAAUGAACUUGCAUGGCAAUUUUCUUCAACCCUUCUCAUCAGAAGACGCUCCUGUCGAGGUGUUAAUGUCUGUGUUAAUGUCUAUGGAUGGCCUGGACAUCUCUGUGAGAUGGUUGCAGUUCCAUCUUUGUUAAAUUUUUUUAUCACUUUUGCUACAGUAUUCUCACUGAUAAGUAAAGCUUUGCUGAUGUUCUUGUAGCCUUCACCUUUCAUAUGUAAAGAAAUGUUUUUCUUUCUCAGGCCUUGGGACAUUUUUCUUUCAUUGUGGUGCCAUUGCUGACAGCAU